AUGGGGGGACACCUCGGUGGCCCCAGUCGCCACCGGGGACCGACUCCCAGUGGUGUGUUGCCAUCAGCGGCUACAACGCCAACAGAGGCGGCGACGAGCGGCGGCACCCCGAUGAAGGCAGCCGACGUUUUCCCCGAUCUCCACCACAAGAUGAGCAAGAAAAUCGCUCAGCUGACGAAGGUUAUAUACCACCUCAACACCAAAAAUGAAGAUCGCCAGGACAUCCUCUCGGACGCGGCCAAUAAGAUCAAGCGAUUUAAGGAGAAGCUCGCCUCUAAGCAGGGGCAACUCGAUAUGGAAGCGCAGGUAGAUAAGCUACGCCAGGCUCAUGCGAAGGAAAAAGAGGAGGCGCUGGCGGAGUUCCGAACCUUCAAGCGCAACGCAAAGGCUAGGGAGGAGAGCAUACAGCUUGACUGCAAGGAACGAACGGAGGAUCUUGCGACACUCGUCGAGAAGGAGAAGAAGGGCUUCGAGGAGUCCCUCCGCAGGUUCCAGGAGAAGGGAAUGGCGCUGAGAGCGGCCCUUGAGACGGCUCAGAAGUCGGCGGCCGGGAACGUGUCAACUUUGAAGGCUAAACACAAGGUGGGUGAAGCACGCAGACGGCGAAGCGUUAGGGAAGGAGGAUGCCUGCAAUGCUUGACCGAGACCAAUCAAGUUGACUUCCCCGAUAGAUACUGUGUUCCCCGUCGGUUGCUGAUAUCGAAAUGUUUCGGUCUUAAGGUGGAACUGGAGGAGGCCGUGAGAAAGGGCAACGAGAAGUUCAAUACGAUGAUCACGGACCAGCUCAUGGCGCAGGAAGACAUCAGGAGGGCCGCUGAGAUGGAAGCCAAGGGAGCGAAGCAGGAGUUUGAGCAGCAAGUGGGGCGGUUGCGCGCCGAGCUGGCAGGGGACAAGGAGGCAGCGCUGUCCGCGCUGAGGAGAGAGAGCGAUGAGGAGCUCAAGGCAACAAGGAAAUCUCUCACGGAAAAAUUGGAGAGGGCGCUCGCCGAUGCCACCCAGUCUCGCGCGGUCUGCGCAGAAGAGAAGAAGCGAAACGCCUCCCUGAAGGCCGACCGAGAGAGACUCAACGGAGAAAUCAUCAAGCUCCGAGAGAAUGCCACGGCAAUGGUGGAAACCUCCCGCCUCGAGGAGGCGUCCUUGAGGCGACUGCUCGAGAACGCGGCGGCGGAGGGGCGGCGGCUGACUAAGGCUCUCGAGCAAACGGAAGCAGCCCGGGAUGAGGCAUUAGCCGUUGGGAGGGGGGCUGGGGGAGAGGCGGAGGGCCUUCGAGAAAGGCUGGCAAGGGAGAGGAAAGAGAAGGAGGCGUUCGAGAGAAGUGCGGUGGCGGAGAUCGCGUCGAAGGACGGCGAGAUUGCCGCUCGACUAGGAGAGAUCGCCGCCCUCCGGAAAAAGCUAGAUGGAGCGCUUGGCUACGGCAAGGAGGCAACAGAGAAGCUCAAGGAAGAACUGACGAAGGCCCAGGAGGAUGUGCGGAGGGCAUCCCUUAGGGUGGCCGAGACGGAGAAACGUCUCCGGGAUUCACUGGACGACGCGGAGCGCACAAGAGGGGAGGGGAAGAGGACUGUGAACGAGCUUCAGAGACAGGGGCUUGAGUAUACAAAGCAACACGCAGCGGCUGCAGAGGCCAGCCUACGCUCGACCAUGGACAAGGAGUUGGACAAUGCCCAACAGAAGUUGUUGGGGGCGAAGCGGCAAGCUGAAAAGGAUCUCGAGGAGGCUCAGCAAGCGUCUGCGGGUGGGGCGAGGGAGCUGAUGGAGAAGUCGAAGCGAAAAGAAGAGGAGCUGAUGCGGCAGCUGGGGGAAGAGGCUCGCCACUUCGAGGCCGCGUUGGAAAGGGAGCGGGCCUCUCGUGUUGCCGAGGUGAAUGAGAACUCGGCCAAGUUGAAAGCUCUCCGGCAAGAAGCCGCCGAGGAGAAAAAAAAACUCCAGCAAGCGGUCGAGCAGGGGGGUCAGGAAGCCGAUCGGGAAAUAUCGCGACUUCGAGCGCAAGUGGAAGGCUUAGAGCGAGAGCUGGACGAAAGGAAGAGGGCGCAUGAUAAAGAAAAGGGGAACGCGGAGCGGAACGGUGACGAGGCGGGUCGCCUGGCGAGAGAGGUUAACUCGCUUCGGGGAGAGUUGAAGGAGGCAAGGAAGGCGGCCGCGGAUAGGGUAGGGGAGGAGAGGGCGGCGGCUCAAGCCGAGGCCCGGGCGCUUGAGGACAGGGCAAUCCGAGAGACCCAAGAAAGGCUACGCCGUGCGGCCGCUGAGGCGGACGACGCGCUAGCCGCCGAGGUCGGACGAGUGUCGGAAAAGCUCAAGUCCGAGCACGACGCUGCCCUAUCGGAGGCCGUAAAGGCCGAGAGGGACGGCGCGGAAGCUCGCCACGCCGAGGUGCUGCGGCAGGCGAAGGUUUCCAGGGAGCACGGCGAAAGGCAACAGGAGGACGAGCGACGAGCGCUCUUGGCCGCUCACAAGACGCGACUAGCAGAAGCCGAGGCGAACGGCAGAGCCAUGGCCUCGGCGAUGCGGGUACCAGUAAAAGCUAGACGUUCAAAGGUGACUCACGCCAUGGAAAGUCGAUUAUUUCUCUUCCAAGAGCCGAGAGAACAUAUAACAAUCGUGGUCAACAUGAAGGCAUCAUCAACGACAGUAUUCGACGAAAAAUGUAACACUCUGGAUGCAACUCCUCCCCACGGAAACGCGCAGGAGAAGGCUGAGGAGAAGGCCGAGGAGGACAAGAAGGCUUUCGAAGCACGCCUCCAGAGUGAACUCCAGGCCCAGGCGUCACGCAGCGCUGCCCAGCUGUCGGAGGCUCUAUCGGCGUCGUUGCGAGAGAAGGAGGCCGCCGUUACCGCGGCGGUCGCCGCCAAAGCCUUGCAGCUGCAGGCCACCAAGGCCGUCGCGGACAAGGCCAACGAGGCGUUGGCAGCGCGUCUUGAGGUGUGGAUGAAAGCAGAGACGAACGAAAUGAUAGCUGCCGCUAAGGAAGAAACGGAAGCCAUCCGAGAGGCGAAGGAAGCCGAGAUCAGGAACCAACGCUUAGCAACCGCAGCUAGAGAGGCAGCACUUGUGUCGAAGCACGCCACGGAGUUAAGCCAUGCCGUGGGCCGUCAACGGGACGAACUCAGGCACUUCAUAGACCUGCUGGACCUCGCGAAGCCUUUUGCAGCGAUCUCUUUCAUUGUGAUUUUCACUGCGAAAGGACUCCACACUAUAAAACUAAACAGUUAUGAGAACCGGCCAAGUCGUGAGGAGGACGUGAAGCGCAUCCGCCAGCUGGAGGCGGACGCCAUCGAGAGCCGAAACGUUGCGGCCAGGGCUCGCGAAGAGAUGGCGUUCUUCAAGCGAGAACUCCUGAACCGGGAGGAGAACUACAACAAGAAAUUCAAUGCUAACCCUGUCGUCGGCGUCAUGCAGGUUGUAAAACCAAUGGACAUCCGAGGGUCGGAAGGCUCAAACAAGAGGACGGGCUCGGAGGCGCGCUUCAACCCAGCGCAGCAACACAAGCCUCGCCCGCCCCGCUACUACCAAAAGACGGCAAGGUCCGCUAGCAUGCCUAGUGACUAUCCCAGCGCUGGGGAGGGGGGCAUGACGAAGGGGAUCGGGGGCGUUGGUGGCCGUGACCGUAGACACCCUGCUACUAGCGAUGGCGGGAGUGUUGGCUCAUUGGCAUCUUCGCGUAGUAAUGGGCGUAGUUCGAAGGAGGCGUCGCGGGCGAGGGGAGGACGGGCGUGGCGAGAAAGGACAGGCCCUGAGGGGGCAGGAUCCAUCUCGACCGGGGGGGGUAGGAGCUAG